AUGUCUACACAGCAGCAAUCAUACACAAUUUGGUCUCCACAAGAUACUGUCAAAGAUGUCGCUGAGUCACUCGGGUUAGAAAAUAUUAACGAUGAUGUCUUGAAAGCACUUGCUAUGGACGUUGAAUACCGUAUUCUAGAGAUCAUUGAACAGGCAGUCAAGUUCAAGAGGCACUCCAAAAGGGAUGUUUUAACUACAGAUGACGUAUCGAAGGCGCUGCGUGUUUUGAAUGUGGAACCUUUAUAUGGGUAUUAUGAUGGCUCUGAGGUUAAUAAAGCUGUAUCAUUUAGCAAGGUUAACACAACUGGAGGACAGUCAGUUUAUUACCUGGAUGAGGAAGAGGUGGACUUCGAUAGAUUGAUAAAUGAGCCAUUACCGCAAGUGCCCCGUUUGCCAACUUUUACUACACACUGGCUAGCUGUUGAGGGUGUCCAACCUGCCAUAAUCCAAAAUCCGAAUUUGAAUGAUAUAAGAGUAUCCCAACCACCAUUUAUUAGAGGUGCUAUUGUCACUGCUUUGAAUGAUAACAGCCUCCAAACACCUGUAACGUCGACGGCAGCAAGCGCUUCUGUGACGGAUACAGGCGCCUCUCAACAUCUGUCUAAUGUUAAGCCAGGUCAGAAUACUGAAGUUAAACCAUUAGUAAAACACGUUUUGUCCAAAGAAUUACAGAUCUAUUUCAAUAAAGUUAUUUCAACUUUGACUGCGAAGAGCCAAGGCGAUGAAGGUGCACAGCACAUGAAACAAGCAGCUUUGACCUCACUAAGGACUGAUAGUGGCCUGCACCAACUGGUUCCAUAUUUUAUUCAAUUCAUUGCCGAACAGAUUACGCAAAACCUUUCUGAUUUGCAACUACUGACAACAAUCUUGGAAAUGAUUUACUCUUUACUAAGCAAUUCUUCUAUCUUCUUAGACCCUUAUAUUCACUCACUAAUGCCUUCCAUUCUAACCUUGCUAUUAGCAAAGAAGCUCGGUGGAUCACCAAAAGAUGACUCGCCGCAAGAAAUCCAUGAAUUUUUAGAAAGAACUAAUGCACUACGUGAUUUUGCUGCAUCUUUGUUAGAUUAUGUAUUGAAAAAAUUUCCUCAAGCUUAUAAAUCCUUGAAGCCAAGAGUAACUAGGACAUUGCUAAAAACAUUCUUGGACAUUAACCGUGUUUUCGGGACUUACUACGGAUGUUUAAAGGGUGUAUCGGUAUUAGAGGGUGAAUCUAUCAGAUUCUUCUUAGGAAACCUAAAUAAUUGGGCGCGCUUGGUAUUCAAUGAAAGCGGGAUAACGCUGGAAAAUAUAGAAGAACAUCUGAACGAUGAAGCCAAUCCAACAAGGACUAAAUUUACCAAAGAAGAAACUCAAAUUUUGGUUGAUACUGUAAUUAGCGCAUUGUUAGUUCUAAAAAAGGAUUUACCAGAUUUGUACGAGGGUAAAGGUGAAAAAGUUACAGGUGAGGAUAAGGAAAAAUUGGUAGAGAGGUGUGGUGUCACCAUUGGAUUUCAUAUUUUGAAAAGGGAUGAUGCAAAAGAAUUAAUUAGCGCGAUUUUUUUUGGUGAAUAG